UAUUAUAUUUGUUGAAAUAGUUUCGUGUAUAAUCAAUCAUCUGUCGGUCCAUCACAUUUUCAACCAAUUCCUCUUUCCAAAUCAUCAAUUCAAUUCAAUUCUCCUCCUCAUGGAUCCACCAACCUCUUGGGACUCCUUGCGAAAUCAGGCAAGGAAGCUUGAAGCACAGUUGGAUGAUCAAAUGCAUUUGUAUCGAAAAUUAGUUUCGACAAAAGUUGAUGAUGGUAAUGAGAAUAAUCUUGGAUCAAGAAUAGAACAACUACUCAAAGAGCUACAUCAUGUGAUUUCACAAAUGCAAACGUGGGUAUCAUCGGGUGGAUCGGAGAUAUUUUCUCAUACGUUGACCCGUCAUCAUGAAAUUCAUCAUGAUCUUAGUCAGGAAUUUAACCGGCUUCGAUCUAGCCUUAGAGCAAAGAGAGAGCAUGCAUCAUUGCUUGAGGAUUUCAGGGAGUUUGACAGAACACGAUUAGAUCUUGAAGAAGGUGGUGGGUCCCAAGAGCAAUCUCUUCUUAAGGAGCGUGCUACUCUCAUGAGAAGUACGGGCCAGAUAGACGGUGUGAUAUCACAAGCACAAGAAACCUUUGGUACCCUCAUGUUUCAACGGUCAACAUUUGGCGGCAUCAAUUCGAAGCUUACCAAUGUUAGCAGUCGUCUCCCAACUGUGAAUAACAUUCUGUCGGCGAUAAAGAAGAAAAAAUCUAUGGACACAAUUAUUCUUUCAUUAGUUGCUUCGGUUUGCACGUUUUUAAUCUUGAUUUACUGGUUGACAAAGUAGCAAGGCAUCAUUUGAAAUUCGGUGGCGGUUGUUUGUAUAAUUCAACUACCCAGGUAGUUGUUAUAAAGGUAUAAUCUGUAUGUGUAUUUCAAUUGACAUUUUUGCAAUUAUAUAAUCAAUGUCUCCGACAACUUUGUUUCCGAAAGAUUAGAAUUUUUUA